CCUGCCUGCCUGUUUGCGCCGAAGCAUUUAACUCCCCUUCGAGAGACAACGAGAGUCGCUUCUCCCUCUCACCAUCGCCAACGACUACCGAAGCAUCCAGAAAGAGAAACAAUGCCUCUUCCCGACAGCGACACCUUGAUCAGGGUCUCGAGCGAAGCUGCCGAGACCUUCGUCAGCCAUUACUACCAGGCCAUCAACAACCGAUCCCCCCUCCUCCCAUUCUACAUCAACUCGUCCUCCCGCUACGCUAUACCCGCUGACAUCUCCAUCAACGGCGCCGUCAUCGCAACCCCCGACGACUACUCGAAGCUCCUCGAGGGCCAGGGUACCGGCGCCCACUACGAAAUCGAGUCGUUUGACGCGCACCCGGUGAACCCCUCGUUCCAAUACGGGGCCCCCGAAAAUAUUCAGGACAACGCAAAGGUGGAAAAGAGUGGUGGGAGGAUCAGUGUCGCCGUCACCAUCAUGGGAAGGUUUCAACUGGGAAGAGGCAGAGAGGCGCCACAGACGAUGUUCAACGAGACUUUUGUGCUUGUGCCAAACUGGGACUCUAUGGGCAGGAACCCGCCCAGAGGAGUGAAGAAGUGGCUGAUCAUGUCACAAAACUUCCGCGCUUUGUAGGACGAGGACAUGGAAAAUAUAAAACAAAUACUUGGGAAUGAGACUAAAUUUAUGACGGCUUAAAUAAAAGAUACCCUAUCUAAAGCGAUA